AUGUGGUGGAACAUUCAAGACCCAGAUCGAAUUGUUUCAUCUGGCAAAGACGGACUAUUAGUGCUUCAUCAUAUGGAUCAGAAGCAGUCCCCGUUGUCGUACGCCUGUGAUAUGGCGCUAGACCUUGCUCCUGAUGGUUUAGUUGGAGUUGCUGCAAAUUCUCACAUUCCGAUAAUAAGCAUCAAGAGCUGUAUAUGGCAAGAAAGACAACCGUAUGACCCUUUCCGCACUCCUGUGCGUAGCCAACUUUCAUGCGGAUUGCCAGAUAACGCCAUGAAUACUCUGCAACCGUCGGCAUUUUAUAAGUUGGCUGAGAAAUAUUUGGCUGGAGGUCGCCCAUUGCGCACUUUAUGUAAUCACAAUGCGAAUCUGGCCAUGCAUCUGGGACAGUCUAGUGUUGCUCAAACUUGGCGAUUAGUCGGAGCCCUUUUGGAACAAACAGGCCUGCAGAAGGUCUACGAUCAGGAUGCCAGGGAGGCUGUGACUGCAUACAAAGAGAAAUAUGACAAAUAUGUGAGUGAAAUGGAGCGACAUGGCAAGAAAGUGCCCGAACCUCCUCAUACAUUAGCCGUAAUGCCAACUCAUCUCACACGAUUUUCAGGGAAUCAUUCUAGAUUGUAUCGAAAAGAAGCGCGUCUUCCAUCUAAUGUCGAUCAGAAGUACUCCGAAUUUACCCCAAGCAGCAUAGCAUCUGGAGAUUUUUAUUUUGGUGCUGGUGAGCUAACGAAGACAACGAUAGAAAAGGGAAUCGAAAAUCCACACUACAACGACUUCACAGGUUUGAAGGAUGAGGCAUUUGCGCUGAAACCAGACCUGACGAAAUCGAUGUUUAUGUCGAUGACAACGUCGGAUGAUGACGGGCACCUGGAGAAGGAACAUAUUGCGCGGAUGAACUGGAAUCCAAUGCAAGAAGUAGCUAGGCUGCUCCAUUACCAUGCUGAUCAGGGUGAUAUGCAAACAUGUGCAACCCUUGCACUCGUCUGUGGACGACGCCUGUCGGAUGUUGUAGAUGACUUUACGGUGGAGUCGCAUGUUGGAUCAGCUGGAACUUCAUACAGCAAUAGCAGCUGUGAAGAAAAUAUUCUUGGAUCAAAAGAGUUAACCAGCGGGAACUCAUUUUCGUCUUUCUCAUCGCGGAUGUACUGGUCAAGCGUUGAAGUGUCGAUGCGUCAAGUGUUAUGCUGUCUGUGGUGGAACGUUGAAGGACCACUAUUGAAAAUGAACUGGUUCUGUCGCAAAUGUCACCAUGCUGGACAUCCACAUCAUAUAUUGGAAUGGUUUACGACUGAACGUACUUGCCCUGUUGGUGACUGCUCGUGCGAAUGUGGAGCGGCCGUUGUGCAAAGUCCUGAGAAAAGGAAAGUAGUAAUACCCAAAAGGACUCGUCGUGAUUUACUGCGGAAGCGCGAAACUAACUGUUACCAGCCCUCGACAUCGUCAGUUCAAGUUCAGUAUGAAAGCUCAUCGGAAGAAGACAGUGAUAGUACUUUCAAGGUUGACGACGUGGCCGAGAACACGUCCAUGGCGCGAUUCUGCAUUGGAAAGAUGCCACUGGAUACGUUGAAAUCCGGCUCUUCUCAGUCACCUGGUAGAGAAGAGAAGCCGGAACAAGAGAGAAGUUCAACGCUACCGAUUGAACAUGACCUUCAAGAGGUAUGUCACAUUCGGUUAUACCGUACUUAUUGCAUAGUAGGCAUUUGA